AUGGACCAGGAUAAAAACGUCUCGAGUUUUACUCGCCUAGAUAUUCUUAUUCAGUAUUACCUCGACCGUGUCACUCCAUAUGUUGUUGCUCGCUGGUUGACGAAUUUAUGCUUGUUAAUCGUUUUCGUUGUUCGAAUUAUUUCUAUACACGGUUUCUAUAUCAUUGCUUACUGUCUUGGCAUCUUUCUACUCAAUCAAUUUCUUUUAUUUCUCACACCAAAACAAGAUCCAUCAUUCGCUGAUGAUGACGAUCAUGCGCCGAGUUUGCCAACAAGAUCAAAUGAAGAAUUUCGACCAUUUAUGCGACGUCUGCCGGAAUUUAAGUUCUGGUAUAUCACAUUCAAAGCGUUUGCUAUUAGUUUAAUUCUCACGUUCAUUCCAAUACUGAACAUUCCAGUUAUGUGGCCAGUGCUUGUCAUUUAUUUCAUUGUAUUAUUCGUAUUAACAAUGCGACAACGUAUAUUACAUAUGAUUCGUUAUCGAUACAUACCAUUUUCAUAUGGAAAGAUGCGAUACGAUAUGCAGAAGAGUUCCAAGAAGUGA